CGGACGUAACAAGUGGAAAAGAGGAAGUAUGGCGAUUGCAGGCGUGCACGGAGCAGGCGGGCAGGCCGAAGCCGGUCCGCGAAUCGGUUUGGGGGCCUCCGCCGAUCCGUUCGCGUGCACCGCACUCACACACACACAAACACACGUUCGUCCGUCCGUUCGUUCAGUGUUUCGCCAGUCUCUCUCGCGCCUCGUCGUCAGACACUCCGUCCUGCGUCCUGCUGUAACCGACGACGACACGUCCCCGCGUACCGGAUCAGCUGUGGGCGCGAUCCCGCAGGAAUUUUUUCUGUUAGUUCCCCGCCGUUUGGACGACUCGCCCAUUGGAUUAAUUGACUGCGAGUAGUACGGUACUAUCCGGUGGUGUGUGUUCCGGGGGAUAGUUCGUCCUGCACAUGGAGUACAACCUCGUCCCUGCUGGUUCAUUCAAAGAGGUGAGAGCCCGCCAUCUUCGUCGAUAAAAGGUGUGAGAAGGCUGAUUGCCGAUGAUUUCCGCUGGUGUGGAGGGAAGAAUACCCUACAUGACAUAUUCAGAAUCUUGGAGGGGUCCCCCCAAGCAACAGCAAGAGCUGUUCCUAGUACCAGCACCAAAACCACUUUCUACUAGUCGUUACAAUGGGGUAAACACAACGUCUCCAAAUGGUACCAGACUGGUUCCUCCUCUGGUACCACCCUCGAGACCGAUCAGUAAAUACCCCUCCCCGCCCACGAUACCAAUGAGUCCCGUCAAUUUGGCCCAAACAAAGGAAGAGGCCAACGACGACCUGAGCCAGUUCAACCCGUACCAAAGGGUGUUUCCGGGCCCUUACUUCCAAUACCCCAUUUACUCCCAGCACCACCCGUACAUGCUUAGCAGGAAUUACGCCAUGCCUCCAACACCCCUAUCUCCGAUGGACACCUUCUCCCCCACGAUCCCAACCCCUAGCAGCACUUCUACGUUCCUGUCGCCACCGAGCACCUUCAGUCCGCCCUCGUCGGUCAAAACGAUGUUGAGGGACAAGCGGACGCCGCCCCAAACCCCCACCUCCAUCCAACCGCAGGGCCAGACCCUGUUCAAGAUGCCGUCGGGCAAGGAGGGCUCGAUGAAACACCGCAUCCUGACCCGACCCGAGGACAACGUGCGCAACGGUCCCCUCGAUCUGCAGAAGCCGACGGAGGGCCGUAAGCGGCUGGCGGCCACCAUUUCGCCGCCCAGAUCGCCGAAGAAGACCAUCAACAACAACACGAUUCCGGGCAGCUUCACCAAGGGCUCGCUCAUCCGCUUGGACAACGGGGAGCUGAGACGGGUCGAGGACAUGCGGACGGAGGACUUCAUCGCGUCGGCUGACAGCAAUCCGGAACUGAGGCUUGCCGAAAGCACCGUGGUGAAGAUCGAGAACAGGGCCGCGGGAACUGCUACCAUUACGCUUAGCUACAAUCAAAGACGUGCACAGGUGGAGGUCGAAUCGCAGGUGGAGCACCCGUACUUCGUGAUGGGCAGGGGCUGGGCCUCGUGUCAUCCGGAGAGGACCCAGCAGUGCUACGGUCUGUCCGUGCAUCCGCUGAACGUUGGCGACAUCCUCAUCUCGUUGACGCCACGCGAAACGCCGCCCUCGAUCAAGUCCGGCACGAUCAUGACGACCGCCACCACGACGGCCAUAACGUCGCGUCCCGUCAACAGUACGCCGCCCAAGGGCGUCGAUCAGAUGCACCAGCCGGUGAAUAUGCACGCGCACGCGCAGCCGUCGUCGGCGUCUCCGGACAGGAAGAGGAGGUGGUCCGCGCCCGACGACAUGUGCGAGGAGGAGCAGAACGCGAGGCGGCCAAGGGCGGAAUGAAGAGUUAUUAGUGGUUGUUGAUUUUUGUUUUGGUUUUUGUACAGUUUUCUGAUGUUGUAAUUAUUGUGAAUAAGAACAGUUUAAUCAAUUAAUUAUGUCGAUAUACAUAUGGUUUUCAAAAAGAUAUGUUGCUGUAUAGAACGUUGGUAAUAUACUGUUGCUUUAAAAUGAUAUUAUCGUCGCAGAUAAAUGUCAAAACAUCCAAAAGAAAACAGUAAAAUGAUGUUUUGAUAUUUGUCUGGCUUUAAUACGCUGUACUCAGAAAAAAUUAGUGCAAUGAAAGUGUUGAAAAUAGUAGGAUGUAAGUUUCUUCAUGACAAUAUAAGAUGGGCAGGAUGCAAAUUAUAUGCUGACAGAACUGGAGUAUUAAAAUUGAGUGAUAUAAUUUUUAAAACAUGAACAAUAAAAAUUAGUGAUGGUUUUGUUAUACGUAGAGAAAGCACAGGUGACGAUUCGCAUUGUAAUCGUCACUUACGAUCUCAAAUUGAAGAUUUGUGUGAUAUAGGACUGCUUUUAAAAUAUUGUUCACAAAGAUCUGUAUUUUAUUUUACUUUUAAUUGGAAUUUUUGAUGUGUUUGCACAUGAACUGAAGGAAUAUUGCAAUGGACUAUUGUUUUUGUUAAUAUGAAUGGGUACAACAAAUUUCGGAGCCCGUUGAUUUUUAUCAAAACAACAAUAAUUAUACAUUAAACGACAUUUUCUUUUACGUUUUGUCAUUGGUGUGUGAUUUUACGAACUGAAUUUUUGAUCUCACUGAUUAAAAAUCGAUGUGAUUUUAAAACUGGCAUCUGUUAACAAAAAUAUUGUUCAAUGCACAUUUGUAAUUUAAUUUUAGAAAUUGUUACUUAUCUAAGUUAUUGGCCGUUCAGUUUGUUUUUUUUAACUUUUGCUCACUGAAAAUUUAGAUAUCAAAAAAUACAUGAAAUGUUUCAUAUAUGUGUAUGUACCUAUACAUGUAUAUAGAUAAAUGCUUUUUAAUGUUGUUUAUAUUUGUUAAUACACAAUUACCUAUUUCCAACUCACGAGUUGCAGAAAUAAGUAAUUUUGUAUCAUCACGUAUAUUUUUCCAUGUGAAUUCUUGGCUGUGAUACAGAAAAGUAUGUGGAACGAGUGUCACUUCCCUCCAUAUGUCUUAUCUUUAAAGAACCUAAAAGUUAACGUACGCAUUAACGUAAAAUACCUCACUUUGUGCUUAUUAUAAUUAUGAUAAAAAGGGAUAACGUUCUCUAGAAAAACGCUUGUAAUUAUUAUAAUGAAAACAGGAAACUGUGUUAUAUUUGAAAAAAAUAAAUGUUAUAUAUUAUACAAGCUUUACAGAAUGUCUUCAUUCAAAAACUGGUUUAGAAUUGUCAAAUAUGUAAAAAUUUAGCAUCUGCUUAUCUUUUCUAUAAGUUUUAAUGUUAAGAUUGUAAUUUCCACGUAAAUGUUCCACAUUCCACAUUUUAUCACAGGAUUCAGAUUGACGUGUCUAAUGAUUUACAUAUAAAUGUAGUGCAAUAGCUGUGAAAAAAGUUGGUAAUGUGUUGCAGUUGGUGAAAAGGCAAAGCUUAAUGUGAUUUAUUGUUUUAAUAACAAUCGAUAAUCACCCGGAUCAUUGAUUUGUGAUUGUUGUGAAACAGUAUGAAACGGUGGGCAUUCUGUGAUAAUUUCAAAAUUUUGAUUUGUGACAACAGUAUUUUUUAUUUAUUUAUAAAUUUGACUAUACCUGAAAUGUGUUUGUGUUUACCCUUGUACAAUCAAGAAUUUAUACAAUAUAUUGUUUGUAUAUAGAAUUUAUGCAAUUGUUUUGAACAAAAUGAAAAAACAAAUUAUUGACUAGGGUACCAAGCUCAAAUAUGGUAUGAUGUAAGAGCCUGUUUGGUAGUUAGAUACGCGAUAAAGAAAAGAGAAGACAAUGAUUAUGAAGUGCCUUUUAAUGAAAUAUGAGAGUAACGCCUCUCGAGAAUGUUAUUUAUCUAUGUAUAGAGGAUCUAUAAAAUCAAUGCUAACAGAUUAUGUACAGAUAUAUUAUAUAUAUAUAUAUAUUAUUUUACAGAUACAUGUAAGGUGUGCCAUGUUGUUGAAAUGUGAAGCCAAUUUGGCGUUGCAGUCAAACCAAUAAAAUAUAUAUGUACUAAUUU